AAUGUAGUAGAAUACAUCUACCUCUAUAGAAACAAAGCACUUUCAUAUUUCAAGAGUUUGACUUUACAGAAUGUUGAAGCCCGAAGAUGGACCGUCGCAAACUUCAGAGGUUCCGGAAAAGGAGAAUACCAAGGAAGAUUCCCCUUUAAAAACAGAUGAAGAAGCAAAGGAUAAUCCUUGCCAAUCUGAAACAGAGAUUGAGUCAGCUAAAGACGGUAAUUCCGAAAAUGAUGAUCAAGCCAAGGAUGAACAAACGCUAAAACGAAAAAGAGAUGACUCAGAAGAGGAUGAUACAAAGCGCCUAAAACCUGAAGAUGUUACCAAAAGUGGAGACAAAGAGGGCAAAGUUGAAAAUAGUAUUCUGAAUUUGUACAGUGACACAAAAGACUUUACAUGUCCUAUUGCAAAAUUGGCACAAAUGAAUCCUGGUGAUGGGUUUUUCAAACCCUCUCAGACAUUUGGAAGCAACGCCGUGAACACGCCCUUUUUCACUGGAAAUCCUGAGGAUGCGGACGCAAACACCAAUGAACCUGAAGAAAAGGUUGCGGUAACCCUAGAAUCAUCUAUAUCUGAAGAUGAAAAACUCUUGUAUGAGGGUAAGGAAGGUGUGAAACUCUCUGUGUUCAAAGAUAAUGAAUGGACAAUGGCAACUCCUGUAAUAAUACAACUUAUAUCGGAUAAGAAGUCGGAAAAGAAGAGAAUUGUCUGCUUUCAAUGCGGUACAGGGAGGCUCCUCCUGAACACUAUUCUGCUUCCGACAAUGUCUGUUAGCAAACUUAGGACAAGGGCUAUAAUUUUCAACGGACAGUCUAUAUCUGAUAAUACAAAGUUAUUGCCACAUCGUAUCGUGUUUUUCGAUGGUAAUAUUAGGGACAAGUUUCUCGAAAUUUACUCAAAAUAAAUCGCAAGUGUUAUUUCAAGCUGGACUGGAGCAUUUUUGUAAUGUUCUUGUUAAGAUUUGUCUGAU